GCCUCAGAGGGCUUUACAGCAUAUGACAUCCCUCUGUCCUUGGACCCUCACAGCGGAUAUGGAAAAACUCCCCCAAAAAAACUUAACAGGGAAAAACAUGGUAGAAACUUACAGAGGAGCAACUGAGGAUGGAUCCCUCUGUAUACAGAACAGAGCAACAUGAUAAAUGUAGAGUGAUCCACAUGACAAAAUGAUACAUUAAGAGAGAAAUUUUAUAAAUAGAUAAAUACAGGUGGACUAAACAGACGAGAAUACAGUUAUAGUGCAGUUAUAGUCAUGAAUGGAUCACUGGAUGGGCCCAAAGUGUCAGAGGCCCUCUGGCUUCACCUGCAAAAUGUCACUCAAAUUAACUGAUCAGAAACAGACUCAAAAUGACCAUAAAGAGAUGCGAAUGAGCUGCAAAGAGACAAAAUAACUACACAAAGGGGCAAAACGAUCAAAAAAGACACAAAAUUAACCUUAAAGAGAAACAAAUCAACAACUAGGCAACAUGUAAAGUGUCCACAUGCAAAAUUACCACAGAUAUAGAACCACAGAAAGAUACAUUAUGACUACAAAGAGACACAAAACAACAGCAGAAAUGGACUAAGCAUCUCAAUGUAACAAUUACCAACCAGACAGAGACUCAAAAUGAUCAUAAAGAGAUGCAAAUGAGCUGCAAAGAGACACAAAAUACCUACAAAAAGGGGCAAAACAAUCAAUAAAGACACACAAUUACCUCAAAGAGCAACAAAAAACAACUAGGCAACAUUUAAAAUGACCACAGAGAGACAUAAAACCACAGAAAGAUGCAAAGGAGCUGCACAGAGACACAAAAUACCUACAAAAUGGGGCAAAACAAUCAAAACAGUCACAAAAUUACCUCAAACAGAAACAAAACAACAACUAGACAACAUUUAAAAUGUUCAAAUGCAAAAUUACCACCAAUAUAAAACCACAAAAGAUGCAUUAUGACUACAAAGAGACACAAAACAACAGCAGUGGAUCUUUUUGCACCCAGGCCCCCAUUGUCUCAUAAUCCACCCAUACACUACAGAGAGGGGUCCAUUAUGAAAAUAUGAAGGAGAACAUGCUUUGACUUAAUUUAUUUGAGAUUCAUAUAUGUUUGUUGAGUGUGAGAUUUUAUAACUAGACCUGACAUGUUAUGGUUUCAUGGAUUGUCAUAUGUGUUUAUGAUAAGCCUCAUAAGGAGUCACUAUCUGUCUUUACAUCACAGAUAACUUAUCUAUUGUGACCCUCACUUUGUCCACAGCUCGUGGUGAGUGGCUCUAAUUAAACAAGGCUGUUAAUUGUGUCUCUGCUCUGAGACACCGCAGGCUGCAGAGGAGCAGCAGCACCGCGGGGCCGGCUGCUCUCCUCCGCCUCCAUCCACCCUCAGAUGUUAGUUGGAGGCUGUUAUGUUCGCCUGUGUGAGCCUCCUUCUCCACCGUUUCUUUUGUGCUCCUUUUCGAACGCCUCGCGGGGCUGCCGCUCGGCCGCGCGCACGCACGCGAGUCUGCAGAAUCCAUGCAGCUCCUCCUCGAGGGGGUCGCGGUGACUGAGAGCCCCCACCCCCUCGUCUCUCUCUGCCUCCCCCCCGGCUCCUCCUGCGCCCGCCCCGGCACCGAUUGUUGACAAAAGACGCUGCGAGACGGAGCUCGGAUCCCGGAGCCCGGUACUGGUGAGGAGAUCCGCCCGUUAACUUGCUUUGCUGAGCAGUUAGAGGAGGAGAGGGUCGGGAGGAGUGUAGAGGGGGCACGAGGACUCUUCCGUUCAUAGAAAACCGUGUGGCCGAGGUGAUUCGGUUGUCGGUGGUGAUCGGACCGCAGCAGGCCGGUGUGAAGUGGACGCCCCCCCUCCUUCCUCCACCUCCUCCUCCUGCUCCUCCUCGCGAUUGGUAUUUACCGACAAAACCAGCGGCCAAGAUGGGUCACUUGGUGUGAGAGGAAGGAGCAGAGCAGCGCUACAGGAGGAGGCGGCGGCCUUGGGCAGGUCUGUUCAGCCGGGAAUGGUGUGAGCUGAGGCAGCCAGGCAAUCUGGAUCUGACCGGGGACCCGUCAUUCCCCCGGAGCCUCCGCGGCUCCAAGCCGCGUCCUGAGCCCUCCAAGAUGGGGAAGUGCGAUGGAAGAUGCACGCUGCUAGUGAUAUGUUCGCUGCAGUUGGUGGCAGCCCUUCAGAGGCAGGUGUUUGAUUUCCUGGGGUACCAAUGGGCUCCCAUCCUGGCCAACUUCCUGCACAUCAUGGCCGUCAUCCUGGGCAUGUUUGGCACCGUGCAGUUUCGCUUCAGAUACCUUAUCUUUUAUGCAGUAUGGCUGGUCCUCUGGGUGGGAUGGAACUCCUUCAUUAUCUGUUUCUACCUGGAGGUUGGCAACCUGUCUCACGACAGAGACUUUCUCAUGACAUUCAACACAUCCCUUCAUCGCUCAUGGUGGAUGGAGCAUGGUCCCGGUUGCCUGGUAACGCCAGUGCUAGACUCCCGCAUGGCCCCUGACGACCACCAUGUCAUCACUGUCUCCGGGUGUCUCCUUGACUACCAGUACAUAGAGGUGUUGAGUUCGGCCAUUCAGAUCCUACUGGCUCUCUUUGGCUUUGUGUACGCCUGCUACGUGAGCAAAGUCUUCCAGGAUGACGAGGACAGCUUUGAUUUCAUUGGUGGCUUUGACUCGUAUGGCUACCAGCCUCCUCAGAAGUCCUCCCAUCUGCAGCUGCAGCCUCUUUACACGGCUGGUUAACUGUUGGUAGCGCCCCCUUCAGGCCAAACCCUGACAGUGUCACUGUGGAUGGAUAGCAGUGGUUGCCUAGACUACACUCACUCUGUGUGUCACAGUUUACCGGAGGAAUGGACUUACCCCACCCAGAGGGAGAGACGUCUGUGCGUGUGUGCAUGUGUGCUUGUGUCUGAGAGAGAGAAAUACAGCCCUGAAUAGAAUGUACAGAGCUCAGGGAAGAGCCAGCAUGCCAGGUGGUGUGAUGAGAUGAAGGAGGAUGAGGAAGAGGAGGCAGGGGAGAAGAGCUGCGGAGAACAAGAGCUGGGGACACCUCUGUCAAAUCACCGGAGACACACUUCACUAAACUGCCAGCUCUCAACACUCCUACAAGUGUGUGUAUGUGUGUGUGUGAUUGUGUAACUCCACAGGACUAGCUGGUGCUUUGUGGUUGCACCCUGGACUCUUACCACUCGGUGUCCCUGUGAUUUUUCUUUUUUUUUUUGGGUGCUUGUGUGUGUGGGGGGAGGGGAUCGGGGAUGUGGGUGGGGUCACAUAAUAAAAAGAGGCACGGCUCGUACCUGUUGUCGUUUUAGAAUGUGGUGAUGUCGAACUAGAGCAGUCUUAUGAUUCCCACUCCCAAAGCCAUCUUUCCUUCCUCCCAUGCCGUUAAAACCACUGGGGACUUUCAAGGUUUUUACAGUACAGAGCUGACCUGCUGAGGCAGUAACACAGAGCUGGUGGAGCAGAAAGGAUGGACUGCUUUAAGGAAUGCUUCACCCACAGAAUGAUCAUUUGUAUACCAAUUACUCACCCAGUGUUAGGUUGAAUUUCUUUCAUGUGUCCAGGGUAAACGAAGAAUCCAAAAAACUGAGGAAAUUCUUGAUGAAGUGGAAUAAAAGGGGGCUGCGUUUAUCUACAGCAAAACUAUAUCAACACAUCCUUUUACAAACUCUCACACAACUCAUGCAGUAUAUUCCAAGUCUCAUUUAUCUAGUCAUAUGCUCAGUACUUCCUAAACACAAGCAUUUUCAAUAAAAAUCUUACGCAUAAACGGUCUCACACACCGACAAGUAGCACGCCUGGGCAAAUCAGUCUCAAUGAAAUGCACGAGCAGAGUUAAAACGCACACGCUUGCCAAGGUGUGCUACUCAUUCAGCUCCCAUUUGAUCAAGUUCAUCAAAAAUUUGCGCAAUUUUUUGAUUCUCCGUUCAUCGUGGAGGCAUGCCAGAAAAAGAGAAGCCCAUUGUACACUGCCUCUUUAAGGUGGGAAUUUCAAGUUGUUACGCCACCUCGCUCUUCUGUAUAAAAGGUACAAUGGUGAUAUGGGGGUACAGAGUCGGCAGCGGAGGUAGUAACAGUGCUGAAAUGACAUCUGUAUAAAAGGGACAGCCAGCAGGACGGGACCAUAGCUUGAACAAGUGUAAGGUUUUGAUGACGUGUAAUGCGUGUGCAGGAGAUUUAAGAAGCAGCUAGCUGCAGUUAGCAGCUACCUCAAAAAAGAACAGCGGCAGAAAGUCUCUCCAAAUUGGGAAAACAAUGAGGUCCAGGAGCUCCUUACCCUCCGAGCAGAGGAUGAGCUCAGCUGCCAUAUAACAGAGACAGUAACUGAUAGUUAUUGCCAUGUUAUGCCACUGUUAUUGUUUAUUAAGCACUAGCGACACGUGUUAUACGUCACUAGAGACUGACACUGAUGUGCUAGAAGUCACGCCCAUUAUACCUGUCUUGCGAUGCUGGCGUGCUGUUUAAAAUCACACUGGAGCAUCAUGAUGCUGUCGUUAUUUGAUUCUGUGUAAAAAUACAAAGGCGGCAUUAAGAAGGGACUUCAUAGCGACACUGUAGUGCGAUCUUUCCAUGGUGUAACUGAUAUAUAAAUGAUCAUUUUGUGGGUGAAGUAUUCCUUUAAGGGAUCAGGCUGGCAAUAUUUUUUACAUUGUACUGUUGACCAAAACCAACAAUGGGUUCAUCUGUCUUGUAUUACUUAACAACUUCCCCAGCUUGCUUGUGUCUCCGGCCACAGCCCAUUCAUUCCUGGAGGCAUAAAUCUUAAAAAAACAAACACAAACAAACAUUAAGAGUCACAGACGUAAAGUAUGCCAUAUUUAAAAAAGGCUAAAAACAGCUGGGCACUGUAGAUUAUAGCAAAUGUCACUGAACAGCAGUAAAUAGCUGCAGUAGCGAUUAUUUACAGCAGUAGGACGGUAUACAUGGACUCAUCUCAAAAUAACUACAGUGGCCAGCUUUAUCAGAAUAAAGGAACACUGAUGUUUUUUUAACAGUCUGGGCAACAUUGGAUUUCGCAGAGGAAAAAACAUGUUAGGAGUGAUUCAUUGUUGGUUUUGGUCUUUUAAUAUAUAUAUAGAAUAUCGCCAAACUUAUCCUUUGAAGUUCUCAGUAAAAUGUCCAUUGACAGGAUGUUGUGUUUUCAGGAGAAUAAAUUCAGCCUUCUGUACAUGUAAUGCUGUUUAUUAGGGAUGCAGAUGGCUUUGGGAUCAGGCAUUAGUGUGUCUAUGGGGGAGGGGUGGGGGGUCAGUAGGGAUACUGUGCAUGUAAAUAACCAGCCAAUGAUUGUUUUGUUGGUUCCAUUUAGAAAAGGGGGGUUGCAGUAGGGGGUGGGAAGGGUUUGGGGGAAAAAGGGUACACAUCAAAGUUUUUCUUCAUACCUGUUUCUCUUGUUCUCUCUUUUUGGAUAUCGUCAUGCUGCCCUCCUUUAACCCAUCCGCAGCUAAUUCUCCUUAUCAUCCUUCUCAAUGACUACAUUCCCCUCUGCAGCACAACCACUGAUUUACACCGGAGCAUGGCGAUAAAGGAGACCUGAGGUGAAAAUGUGUCAUGAUCGGUAGUUUUUGUAGAUACAAGUGAAGACAUAAAGAGGGAAGAAAGGAGACAGAUAUGAGGUAAAGACCUUAUUGGGUGUAAGGUGAAGUUUGAAAUAAUAAAAAUACACUUUCUACAUUAAAUAUGACUCAUGUUGUCAUCUGUGGAUGCACAUUUGUCUUGCUGAGUGUGACUAAAGGUUUAAUAAAAUGAAUGCUUUCAUUCCCAGUUUUGAUUACAUUACAUUAAUAUCUGGAUUAGGGGGCACUGAAUUACAUUUUUGCUGGAUUAGUUUGAAAGAUUACACAGAAAACACACUCUAGUGAGCUGAUGUGAGGAUGUGAUUUGUCAAAAUAAUGUGAUGCAUUUUACAGAAAGACAGCCCGAUAUCACAAAACUAACCCUAUGAUAUCCAAAAGGAAUUUAUGUCAUGUGUGCAGUGCAAAAGAGUGAGCUCACUGUGACCCUGUGGGUUAGAUUGAAUGGUACUGGUAUGG